AUGGCGCCUUCCGCCGUUGCUGACCCCACGGCCAGUCUAGACGUCAAAAUGACCGACGCGAAGACGUAUCCGCCCGCGCAAAUAUACCCGGGCAAGGAAAUGCGCUUCGAGGGUCCUAUCGAGCCCCAGCCAGAAGGUCGCGAACGAGCAUUGCAGCAACCCAAUGCGACCAUUGUCAUCGAUAAUGGGUCGUCUACGGUCCGAGCCGGCUGGUCUUUCGAGUCGAACCCACGCUUCAGCAUACCACCCAUCAUGGCCAAGUACCGAGACCGCAAGCUAGGGAAGACCUUUUCGUUCGCGGGGUCUGACUGCUAUGCCGACACGACGGCCAAAGGUCACAUACGAAAUGCAUUCGAGCUCGGCACGGGCGUGGUUGCCAAUUGGGACGUGAUGGAGCAUGUGCUGGACUACAUAUUCCUCAAGCUGGGGAUGAACGACGCGGAUGGAGCCAUCGAUGUGCCCAUUGUCAUGACAGAGGCGGUGGCCAACCUGCCUUACUCUCGAAAAUCCAUGACGGAGGUUCUAUUCGAAUGUUACGGCGCGCCUUCAAUAGCCUACGGCAUCGAUUCCCUCUUUUCCUACCGACAUAACAAGGGCUCAACUGGUCUGGUCGUUUCUUCGUCAUACACAUCCACACACGUCAUCCCUGUGCAGAACUCCAAGGCCAUGCUGGGGCAGGCCACGCGCCUCAAUUGGGGAGGCUUCCACAUGUCUGAGUACCUCCUCAAGCUCAUUCGACUCAAGUAUCCGACUUUCACGGGAAAACUUAAUGCCUCACAAACGGAAAACAUACUCAAGGACCAUGCCUACGUCUCUCGGGACUUUGACCAGGAGCUCGCGGGCUACCUCGACUGGACCGGAUUGGAAGAUCGUGAUGUCGUGAUUCAAUACCCCUAUACAGAGGAAGUCAUCAUUGAGAAGAGUGCAGAGGAGUUGGCCAAGAUUGCUGAGCGCAAGAAGGAGAGCGGGCGGAGAUUACAAGAACAAGCGGCCAAGAUGCGUCUGGAAAAGCUCGUUAAGAAGGAGCAAGACCUGGAAUACUAUCGUAAUCUUCAAGCUCAAUUGGUGGACGAGACGAAGAAGGAAACGCGCCGCCUCCUCGACAGCCACGAGCUGAAGGACGAGGCUGAGUUGGACAAGAUCGUUCGAGAGCUCGAAAAGUCUAUCAAGAAGGCUCGAAUCAAGGAUGUCGGAGGCGAUCUGGAGGAAUUGGAAGAAGCACCUGACUUCAGCCUACUCGAGGUUCCAGACGAAGACCUAGACGAUGCGGGUUUGAAGCAGAAGCGUCAACAAAGGCUUAUGAAAUCUAACCAUGAUGCUCGAGCACGCGCAAAAGCCGAAAAGGAGGCUGAAAAGGCAAGGGUGGAGGAGGAGGAGCGUCGUGACACGGACCGUCGCGUGAACAACCUGGAAGAUUGGCUCGAAGACAAGCGCGCAGCCCGCGCCGAGGUCCUCGCCAAGAUCAAGGAACGCGAUCGUCUCAAAGCCGACCUAGGCAAUCGCAAAUCUCUUGCCUCGCAGAUCCGCAUGAAGAACAUUACGAACCUUGCUUCAGACGGCCCAGCCAGGAAAAGGCGACGUGGCGGAGACGACGACAACUUUGGGGCCAACGAUGACGACUGGGGUGUGUACCGGCAGAUCACGGUGGGGGACAAUAGCGAGGACGAGCAUGAGGAGGAGGAUCUCCAUGCCAGCCUCAAGGAGCUCGAGCAGGAUCUGCUCAAGUACGACGCCGACUUCGACUAUGAGCAGACCUAUGAGGCGCAAUCAGACUGGUCGCAUUCUCUCCUCCAUGCCUUUACCCGAGGGCCAAGACCCUUUGACCCUUCGAGACAAGCGGAGCUGAAUCAGGUGCAUCUCAACGUCGAGCGCAUCCGCGUGCCCGAAGUCGUCUUUCGUCCGUCGAUCGCUGGCGUUGACCAGGCCGGCCUUGUCGAGAUUGCCGGCGAUAUCUUGAACCAGCGCUUGGCCUCUGUCCCCAACAGGGAGGAGUUCUUCAAGGACAUCUUCCUCACCGGAGGCAGCACUUUGUUCCGGAACUUUGAUCAGCGGCUGCAGAACGAGCUCACUGCGCUGUUGCCUGCUGGCUCGCCUCUCAAAGUGCGCCGGGCGAAAGAUGCUGUCCUCGAUGCCUGGAGAGGUGCGGCUGAGUGGGCAGGCUCCGAUGCGUGGAGGCAGGCCAAGAUCACCAGAGAGGAAUACCAAGAGAAAGGCGCAGAAUACAUCAAGGAGCACGACAUGGGUAAUUCCUACGCCUAA